UACAUAUACAUAUACAUAUAUAUAUACAUAUACAUAUACAUACACAAUAAAUCUCGAUCGUCUCGUACGGGAAGUCAUCAUUACCUUCUCUCUCUCUUGGGAUUGCUUUAUAUAUGUCGUUGGGUGGGAGCUUUGUUUCUUCACUUUGCAUGACUACUGCCUAGCAAUCUCUCCCUCUCCCCUCUCUCUCCCAAACAAAAACAAAACUCUCUCAACUGAUCAAUAGAAGUGUUAUAGCUUUUGAUAUUGUAUGUAAUGGAUCCUAGUGGACAACACCAGGAAAUGCAGGCCAAUUCACUGGAAAACAUGUUGGUUUGCUCAAAAACACAGCAAGAGAGAAAGCCAAGACCACAACCAGAACAAGCACUCAAAUGUCCAAGAUGUGAUUCUACCAACACCAAGUUCUGUUACUACAACAACUACAGCCUCUCUCAACCAAGGUACUUUUGCAAGUCAUGCAGAAGGUACUGGACUAAAGGAGGAACGCUGAGAAAUGUUCCAGUGGGUGGAGGGUGCAGGAAGAACAAGAGAUCAUCAUCUUCAUCAUCAAAGAAAUCUCAAGAUCAACCACUCAUCACAACCAAUCCCAAUAACCCACUCACCACAUUCCCACUGAGAUAUGACCACAAUGACCUAACUCUCGCAUUUGCUAGGCUCCAAAAGCAGUCAAGUGGGUUUGAUGAAACUGGUCUUUCUCUAAUUGGAAACCCAAUUGAUCAUGUUGUGGGAAACCCAACUAGCAUUCACAAUUCUGCUUCGACACCAGCAUUUCUUGAUGCACUUAGGAGUGGAUUUCUUGACACCCAGAACAAUUUUCAGAAUUUUUAUUAUGGGUUUGGGAAUGGAAGCUUGGGAGAGGUGGAUAAUAAUUGUGGAGGAGUUAGUGGUGAAAUGGGUAGUUUGCCUUAUGAAGACAUGAGUAGUGGAGCAACAACACCAGCAGUGACAAUGAAGCAAGAGCUCUGCAAUGGAAGAGAAAGUGACAGCAGUAGGGUCUUGUGGGGGUUCCCAUGGCAGCUCAAUGAAGCUAACAACAAUAACAUUAAUGGUGAUCUUGAUUCAGGAAGAGAGAGCUGGAAUGGACUUGGUACUUCAACUUGGCAUGGAUUAAUUAACAGCCCCUUAAUGUAGACUUAAUUAAAACUCUCAGUUUUUAAUCUCUUGAUGAGUAUUGUGUUAGUGGAGAAUCUGAUUCCACUUGAAUCAACUAUGUUUCAAAUUGUUUCUUUUCUUUUUUUGGGUUCAAGUUUCCUUUAUUGGUUUAUAAACUAAUGAAAAACCCUCGAUUUGUUUCUGUUUUGGAGAAAAAUAGUGAAGGAUUGAGAGUGCUAUUUCAUGGUUUUUGCAGUCUGAACUCUCUGAACAUGUUGAAAGAAGAUUGUUGCAGGACCUGU